AUGAAGUUCGUACUGUCUGUCGCGGCCCUUGUGGCUGCUGUAGCCGAGGCGCACUAUACCUUGCCCUCCAUCAACGGCGGCGCCGACUGGGCAAACGUCCGCAAGACCUCGAACUACCAGUCAAAUGGCCCGGUGACAGACGUCUCCUCCUCCGCAAUGACUUGCUACCAACUCGCUGCCGGCAACGAGGGCGCAACAACUGUCAACGUCCAGGCUGGCUCAUCCGUGGCUUACAACAUCAAGUCCAGCGUCUCUCAUCCCGGCCCAUUCUCCGCGUGGCUGGCCAAGGUCCCCUCGGGCCAGACUGCUGCAACAUAUGAUGGAUCAGGGGCGAACUGGUUUAAGAUCUACCAAGACUACCCCACGGUGGCCUCCAGCGGCUUGACAUGGCCAUCUCAAGGGAAAUCAACCAUUAACAUCCCCAUCCCCAGCUGUGUCGCGAACGGUGAAUACCUGCUCAGAGCUGAGCACAUUGCUCUCCACUCGGCCAGCUCGGUCGGUGGUGCACAAUUGUACCUGUCAUGUGCACAGAUCAAUGUCUCUGGAGGAUCUGGGUCCGCAAACCCGACCAAGGUGUCAUUCCCAGGGGCCUACAAGGCCAACGACCCCGGUCUGGUGGUCAACAUCUACUACCCGGUCCCCACAAACUACCAGCCUCCCGGACCUGCCCCCCUGAAGUGCUGA